AUGACUGAUACUGGCCAGCCUGAUGAGGUCAUGCCCGCGCCCCGUCCUAUCGGACCUCCAGACGCGCGGCCUAGAUACCCUAUCAUCUAUAUUUCUUACCAACUUUGGGUCGAGCACUCUGUGCUCUUCCCCCAAGGCACUCCACGGUACGCUAGGCAUUCCGAGGAUCCACGUACCCCGGAGAAUUGGAAGUACCACCACGAAUGUAUCACCUCUGACGAUACGGAGGUUGUCCCAUUCGGUCCUUGCGAGGUGCCAUUCGAACGAAUGUCGAUUCGUGACUUCAAGCGUGCUAUGAUCGACCUCGUUGGUGCCACCCGGGGCGACUUUGAUUUGACGCGAGUUUUGAGGGCGGCUGAUGCUGGUCGCAAACUCCAAUGGCGCGGUACCUCUCGUUGGCCCGACGGGCCAAUCCUGCGCAACAUCGAUGUUGCCCGAAACUUCCCAGCUUACGCCCGGAUGGCUUCGAAUGCGGUGCUCCCGAAGAAGGUUCACCUGCGAUUGUAUAUGGAGGACCCAAUCAUGAGGCCUCGCUACCCACGCUAUUGGACUUGGAUUCCUAACCGUGGGCCCAAUGAUGUAUGGGUGCCCUUUCAGCCCAACGGUGCUCCACCCCCCCCUCCAGAAGAUUGUAUCGUUCUUGGGGGGGUUCCACCCCCAGAUGAGGCGUCGUUGGCCCUUGCGACAAUCGAGCGGGCUCCUCCUUCGACUUCAAGCUGGAUAAUCGAGCCGCCUUCUUCUACGGUCGCCUCAGAGGUAGCAGCUAACGUGGUUCGAUCGCCGUCGUACCAUUCUAGCUCGGCGAGAUCGUCACCUGGCUGGGUGCCACCUGGCUCUGAGCCUGGCAGCACUGAUGGUUCUUCCUCUGAGGGCCAAUGUUCGAUUGCCGCGAGUGUGACCGGCAACCCGGAUCAGGAGAACGAAGGCACGGCUAAUGGGGGCGCUACGACGCUGGUUUCUUCGCCCGGUUUGUGGAUCUUAGAUGGGCCUCCGAGUUCGUGGCAGGAGAGGGACUACACGUACAUCAGGUCCUCCUCUCCUCCAGAGGUAGAGGUCUUGUCAACCCCGCAGCGACCAAUCAGGGCUCCUCGUCGCAACAACAACUGA